CAAAGACCAAACAAUAGUAUAUUUUAGCUCCAUUCUUCCCCCGCAUUAUCAUUUGUACAUAUAUUCAUCCUUUCAACAAUAGCGAACAAUGGACACAAUCUCAAAGGGCGUUGAAACUCUUAUUACUCGCUGGCCGAGUGGAAAGAAGCGAAGCUCAAAACUUGACCUUACAUCCACAUCCAUUUCCAACCACGAACGGAAAGCAUCCACAUCAUCAGUAUCAUCAGUACUAAGUGCUAUUUCCAGGACACUAAGCGUUCGAUCCAGCAUAAGCGAGCUGUCAUUACAAGACAAAGACAGUUUAGUAACACCAAUCGAUUCACCAAGAGCCACUUCACCUGCCAUUGGCAGCAACAACAACAACCACCAUCACCACCACCAACCAUUAUCACCACCACAACAGCAGCAAAAGAUCAUGACUCCACCACCAUCCGUUCCCGCCUCACCAGUCACUAGCCCCGUCGCCACGCCUGCCAAAGCACAAUCAUUACCGCCGCCAUCAUCACCCCUGGACAGUUACAUUAUCCGCGAAACACUUGGCACUGGGCAGUUUGGUCGGGUUCAUUUGGCCCAAUCCCGGACAGACCGACAAUACUAUGCCAUCAAAACCCUCGACAAACACGACGUUGUACGACUCCGCCAAACACAACAUAUCAACAAUGAGCAGGCCAUUCUCUGCAAGGUGAACCAUCCAUUUUUGGUCAACUUGGUAGAAAGUUUCCAAGACGAUUCGCAUUUGUUCUUUGUCAUGGAAUAUGUCCAAGGCGGUGAACUCUUCCGCAUCCUGCGCCAGGAAAAACAGUUUUCAGAAGAAAUUACCAAAUUUUAUGCUGCCGAACCUGAAAACAUCUUGCUCGACUCGGACGGUCAUGUUAAGCUGGUCGAUUUUGGCUUCGCAAAGAAAGUGCCAGACAUAACGUGGACUGUAUGUGGCACGCCUGACUAUUUCGCACCCGAAAUCAUAAAGUCCAAAGGUUACAGUAAAGCCGUCGAUUGGUGGGGCCUCGGUGUCCUCAUUUACGAAAUGCUCGUCGGCAAGUCUCCUUUUACAGACAAGAACCCUGUCGACAUGUACCAAAAUAUUUUGGACUGCCGAGUGUCCUGGCCCGAGCACAUAUCCCCGGUUGCCAAAGAUCUGCUGCUCGGCUUGUUGACGCCAGACAUUACUCGUCGCUAUGGCAACCUCAAGGACGGAAGCCGCGAUAUCAAGGAGCAUCCAUUUUUUGAAGGCAUUGAUUUCGAUAAGAUUGCACGGCGAGAAGUUUCGCCACCAUUCCGACCCAAUAUCAAGGGCGAAGGCGAUACGACAUGUUUCGAAAACUACGAGGAACCGGAUGUUCCAUACGGCCUCCAUAUGGCCGACCCAUAUCAAUCUCAGUUUCCUAAUUUCACAAAGUAAAACCUCCUACAAUCCCUCCACCUCUCAUUAACCGCUCUCAAUUGUACAUAUCUUCUACUUGUCCUCCCUCCGAAAAGUUUUAUAUUUCUUUAUAUACCACUUUGCAUUCUUACAAAGAAAAAAUAAUACUUUUUUUUUAUCCGAAACAAA